AUGGGCAUGGCCCCAGUGGCCCACGUCCUGUUCAACAAGUUCAUGAACUUCAACCCCAAGAAUCCCGACUGGGCGAACCGUGACCGCUUUGUUCUCUCCAACGGCCACGGAUGCAUGCUCCAGUAUGCUCUCCUCCACAUGUUCGGCUAUGACCUGAGCAUGGAUGACCUCAAGAACUUCCGUCAACUCGACUCCAAGACCCCCGGUCACCCCGAGGCCCACGACACCCCCGGUGUGGAGGUCACCACUGGCCCUCUCGGCCAGGGUUUCGCCAACGCCGUCGGUUUGGCCAUUGCCCAGGCCCACUCUGGCGGUGUCUUCAACAAGCCCGGCUUCGAGCUGUUCAACAACUACACUUACGCCUUCUUCGGUGAUGGCUGCGCUAUGGAGGGUAUCGCCUCCGAGGCCGCCUCCAUGGCCGGUCACCUGAAGCUCGGCAACCUGAUCAUGAUCUACGACGACAACCACAUUUCCAUCGAUGGUGACACCAAGUGCGCCUUCACCGAGGAUGUCAUGAAGCGCUUCGAGUCCUAUGGCUGGCACACUGAGUGGGUCAAGGACGGUGACAACGAUCUCGAGGGCAUCGAGGAGGCCAUCCGUCGCUGCCAGCAGGUCAAGGACAAGCCCUCCGUCGUCAAGUUGACCACCACCAUCGGUUUCGGCUCCAAGCUGGCCGGUACCCACGGUGUGCACGGUAACCCCCUCAAGGCCGAUGACACCCAGCACGUCAAGGAGCUGUUCGGCUUCAAGGCCGACGAGACUUUCGUCGUUCCCCAGGAAGUCUACGACAUGUACUACCAGCACGCCGCCGAGGGUGCUGCCAAGGAGCAGGAGUGGAAUGCGCUCUUCCAGAAGUACCAGAAGGAGUACCCCACCGAGGGUGCCGACCUGGCCCGCCGUCUCGCCGGCAAGCUGCCCGAGGGCUGGGAGAAGAGCCUCCCCACCUACUCUCCCUCCGACCCCGCCAUUGCCUCCCGCAAGCUGUCCGAGGCCGUUCUGGAGAAGAUUCACGAUGUUGUGCCCGAGCUGCUGUCCGGAUCUGCGGAUCUGACUGGUUCCAACAACACCCGCUGGAAGAACGCCGUCGACUUCCAGCCCCCUGACCUCGGCAUUGGUGAGUGGUCUGGCCGCUACCUCCGCUACGGUGUGCGCGAGCACGCCAUGGCUGCCGUCAUGAACGGUCUCGCUGCCUACGGCACCGUCAUCCCCGCUGGCGGUACUUUCCUCAACUUUGUCUCCUACGCCGCCGGUGCCGUCCGUCUGUCGGCCCUGUCCCGCGUUCGCGUCAUCCACGUGGCCACCCACGACUCCAUCGGUCUGGGCGAGGACGGUCCUACUCACCAGCCUAUCGAGACUCUGGCUCACUUCCGCGCUCUGCCCAACUGCAUGGUCUGGCGCCCCGCUGACGGUAACGAGACCAGCGCUGCCUACUACAUGGCCCUCACCUCCAAGCACACCCCCAGCAUUCUGGCCCUGACCCGCCAGAACCUGCCCCAGCUGGAGAACUCCUCCAUCGAGAAGGCCAUCAAGGGUGGUUACGUCGCGGUCGAGAACACCGAGGCCGACGUCACCCUGAUCUCCACCGGUUCCGAGGUCGGCAUCUGUGUGGAUGCCGUCAAGACCCUGGCCCAGCAGGGCGUCAAGGCCCGUGUGGUCUCCGUGCCUUGCUUCGAGGUCUUUGAUGCUCAACCCAAGGAGUACCGCCUUCAGGUUCUGCCCGACGGUAUUCCCGUCCUGUCCGUCGAGGUCUGCUCCACCAUGGGCUGGGACCGUUACUCUCACGAGCAGUUCGGUCUUAACCGCUUCGGUGCCUCUGGCCCUUACAAGGAGGUCUACGCCAAGUUCGAGUUCACUCCCGAGGGCAUUGCCAAGCGCGCCAUUGCCACCAUCGACUUCUACAAGGGUCACCCCGUCCGCUCUCCCGUCAACCGUGCUUUCCAGCAGAUCAUCUAA